ACAGGCCCGCCAUUUCACUGAACGCCUUUCUGGUCCUUUUAACACGCCUGCAGGGUGGCGAAAAAGGAGGAGGGGAAGAAGAUAGUGGGAUUUGGGGCGAGAAAGGGAUGGGAGAUGAGUCAAAAAAAAGCUGUGAAAUGGUUUCCGUCGGAUUUUUUUAUUAUUUUUUUUUAACAAUGUAACGGUUUAGUAACGUUAGCAUUUAUUAGCUUUGGGAUUUUUCGUCUCAGUGCGUGAACUGGAGCUGAGGCUUCGUUUCUUCUCAGCCUGACAUAUAUACCUCUCUAUUUCAUUUCUCUUUUCUCUUUCGUACCCUGUUCUACGACCAGGAGUCAACCACGGACUGAAAACACACAAGACGACAUAUUAGUGUUGUCGUUGUUUGGAGAAAAAUCCGACAUUUUUGCCGCUUGAACCGCCUCGCCGCGCUGAAGAUGUCGGGCCAGAGCAUUACGGACAGGAUCACCGCCGCUCAGCACAGCGUUACCGGCUCGGCCGUGUCCAAAACCGUGUGCAAGGCGACCACGCACGAAAUUAUGGGCCCUAAAAAGAAACAUUUGGAUUAUCUCAUCCACUGUACCAACGAGAUGAAUGUGAACAUUCCUCAGCUGGCUGACUCGCUGUUUGAGAGGACCACCAACACCAGCUGGGUGGUCGUCUUCAAAUCCCUCAUCACGACACACCACCUCAUGGUCUACGGCAAUGAGCGUUUUGUUCAGUAUCUGGCCUCCAGGAAUACGUUAUUCAACCUCAGUAACUUUUUGGACAAAAGUGGACUACAAGGUUAUGACAUGUCAACAUUUAUUCGGCGGUACAGCCGAUAUCUGAAUGAAAAAGCAGUGUCUUAUCGACAGGUGGCUUUUGAUUUUACAAAAGUAAAGCGUGGGGUUGAUGGAGUGAUGAGAACCAUGAAUACAGAGAAGCUCCUUAAAACCAUCCCGAUCAUCCAGAACCAGAUGGACGCCCUGUUAGACUUCAAUGUCAAUGCCAAUGAGCUUACCAAUGGAGUUAUUAACGCAGCCUUCAUGCUCCUCUUCAAAGACUCAAUCAGGCUUUUUGCAGCUUACAACGAAGGGAUAAUCAACCUGCUGGAGAAGUAUUUUGACAUGAAGAAGAUUCAGUGCAAAGAAGGACUGGACAUUUACAAGAAAUUCCUCACCAGAAUGACCCGCAUCUCUGAGUUCCUCAAAGUGGCAGAGCAGGUGGGGAUAGACCGAGGGGACAUUCCUGAUCUCUCUCAGUUUACAGUAUGUGCUCCCAGCAGUCUCCUGGAUGCUUUAGAGCAGCACCUGGCCUCUUUGGAGGGCAAAAAGGUCAAGGAUUCCACCGCGGCCAGCAGGGCAAGCACACUUUCCAAUGCUGUAUCGUCCCUGGCGAACACUGGCAUGUCUUUCACCAAAGUGGAUGAGAGAGAAAAACAGGCAGCCCUGGAGGAAGAGCAGGCACGUCUGAAAGCACUGAAGGAGCAGAGGUUGAAAGAACUCUCCAAGAGGCCCUCAUUUGCCACCACAGACACAUCUCCGGUGUCCACCACAGCGGCCAGCAUCAAUACAGCUCCUGUCAUUGACCUGUUCUCCACCCCGAGCUGCUCAAAUGGCACCUUGAAGAUGGAGAAUGACCUCUUUGACUUGAACAGCACCUUCCAGCCAUCCAUGCAGCCUGGGCCCUCACUAUCCACACCAUGGGGAGAUCCCUUUUCUUCUUCUGAAGCUGUCGAAGGCUCCAUCCCAACCCUAAACCCUUUUCUAACCAAACAUGUUGAUCCUGCUCAUCCACCUGCUGUGUCAUCUGAUGGUGUUAGUUUUCCCUCUAGGACAUCAGGUCAUGAGCUAUUCGGUGAUCAAUACAAUCCCUUUAUUGAUUCAAGCUCAUCCGUAUCAGCCAAUUACAAACGAACAGUGCGGAUAGAACACUUAAUCUCAGAUUCUUUUGGUCAAGCGUCUAUGAUACAGCAUCUCACAAACCCCUCUCCCUUCCCACCUGAGCCUUCCACUGUAGCAGGUCUGUUCCGAGGAUAUGGGCCUCCACAGGUUCCUCCUCCACAGAGUACAGGGGAGCUGAAUGUUGACUUUGAGUCUGUUUUUGGAAACAAAGCUGCCUCCUCUAGUAACUUGGACACCAAUGGUGGGAUCUUGAAGCCCACAAUGGCCAGCUCUAAUCAGCCUUCCUCUCAGCACCCAGAAAAGCUCAUGUCAAAUGACCUAGACUCCUCCUUAGCAAAUCUAGUUGGAAACUUGGGAAUUGGAAAUGGCACCACUAAAAAUGAUAUCCACUGGAACCAGCCAGGAGAGAAGAAACUGACAGGUGGAAUGAACUGGCAGCCCAAAGCAGCUCCUUCCACUACAUGGAACCCUGUCUCAAUGCCUCCAUCAGUUAUGGCCUUCCCUGCAACAACUCCUACAGGCAUGAUGGGAUAUGGCCUGCCCCCACAGUUGCCCUCAAUGGCCAUGAUGACGCAGCCCACAAUGAUGUACACACAACCUGUCAUGAGGCCGUCCAACCCAUUUGGAUCUGUGUCCAGUGCACAGCCCUCUGCUGCCUCUAGUCCCUCCAGUCAGAGCCCUCUUCGAGCUCCAGGACAAGACCCCUUUGCACAGCUCUCUCUCAAGGAUUUCUUGUAGAACCUCAUCUCUUGUCUAGAUGCAGUUUAUGUAACACAAGCUGAAUUCACUCCCUGAGGUCAAAGCAUUGUCCAGCGCAGCUCUGUGGUCUGUGCUGUCCUGCUCUUCAGAGGAACCAAACAUGUCUAAAAUGUCAACGGUGCAGGAACAGAAGGUGUAAUAAGACUGAGAGCUUAUUAGAAUCAUUUUGUAAUUUGUCUGCGAUUUGAAGUGAUGCUGCUGUUCUACCCUGAUGGGGAUUCCUCAUGCAUUUUAUAAUCUGUAAAGAUAGGUAAAUGGGACUGAGAGAGUUUAACAUUGUGUGAGAAAAUCUAUGUUAAUAUUCCCUGUUGCUGUUUUCUUUGUUCUUUUGUUUUUUUCUUUCUGUUUUUAACAGGGGAGAAAGGCAGGAAUCUCCCUAACAGUCAGAAACUCCUAAAGUAAAUAGGAUACAGUGAUGAUAUUUUACCACUUUGUUUAGUUUUGUCUUUUUAAUUAUGUUCACAAAUAGACCUCACUUGUGUGUUUGUAUUUAUUUAUGGUUUAUACUCAAAAAAAAAAAAAAAGAGAAUAUGUAUGAAUGUGUAUGCCUUGGAAAAACUUUAAAUAAUUUAACAUAACACAUGGGUUUUGGAUUGUAUAAGGCGAUUAAAGCAAUUAGAGAUUUUAAAAUAGCUAUGUGAAAAUUACACCUGUAAGUUAAAUGAUAUAGAACACUAAGUAUUCUCUAUGUUUCAUGUUUAGAAAUACUCUUUGUAGAUCAAGCAUUCACAACCCAGAAGUAUUGGGCAGAUAAGAUUUAGAACCUGGUUUGCUGAUCUAUAUAGCCGAUAACCAUGCCUAGGGUUUUUGAACUGAGUUGUCUAAGUAUCUGCCAGGUGUUGCACUUGGGAAGAGAUGUGUUUCUGCAUUAUGCAUGGCAUGCCAUUGUUUCACCUACACAGUUCAAGAUGGCUGCCUCUCUGAAUGUGAAGAUUUGCCCUCAUGUUUCAGACUUGAAUAAAGCAAGCCACUUCCCCCAGGACUGCUGGCUGGGCCCACUUGCCUAAUUUGAUAUCGUAAUGGACAAAGGUCAUAUUUAUCACUGUAUAUCUAUCAUGUAAAAUACAAAAAGAACGUCUUGACCAAAAGAAACAUUGAGCGCUGUUGACCAGUGCGUUAUGUAUAUACUGAAUACUGGGUGUUUAGCUAAGGAUGGAUUGAAAUGUGAAAGCAAUUCGAUUGAAUCUGACUUUAUUGACGUUCUGCUGAAUAUUGUCGUCCUCACAGAUUGUUUUCUUUUGUUUACAUAUUUAAAAAAUGUAAGAAAACUAGUGUAAUUUUUUUCAAAUAAAGUGCAGCUUCCACAACA